AUGGAUUUCAGCACAGUGAGGGAAAGGGUUGCAAAGAAGCUUUAUACGUCAUGGGGCCAAUUCGAGGAUGACGUGUCCUUGAUCUGGAAGAAUGCCAUGAUCUAUAACGCCGAGGGGACCAUAUAUUACAAGCAGGCUAAGGCUAUUCAAGGAAUUGCUCAGAAGAUUUUUCCAGCAGCAGGUUCCAACGAGCUUUACGCAAGAUCUGGAUUUGGAAGGGGAUUUCGAGGUCGCGGAAGGGGAAGAGGUCAACCCGGUCGUCCAAAAAGGAUCCCUCUAUCUGAUCCUGCGCAGAAGGACACUCAGUCCGGUCGAAGAAUUCUGGGCCAGAGAAAGGAGGCCGUUCCGUUGGUGGAUGACAAGAAAGAUCGUUUGGUGUUUGGGAUGGACGAACGAUCGGAGGUAUCACUGUCAGAGGACAUUGCGCAGACUAAGCCUGCACAGAGGAUAUUGGGGAGAAGCAUGGAGAAAGGGGAACUAUCCAAUAGCCAGAGCCAGCCGAAAUCAAGUUACCUAGGAGGCGAUGAUUCUGGUAACAAAGUGUCCCGGUUGAAGAACUACAAGGUCUGCCGCAGAGCAACAUCCCCAAGUGGCGGGAAGCACCUGUCCUUCCGCUCCUGGAGACAGUCAAGGUCUUCUCAGACGAGCAGAAGUGCUGUGCCCAAGAGCUUCGCCCUGUGCUAUUCUGCGGAUCAAGACCCUCUCGCUUACGCCCACAGCUUAGCGCGAUUUGCGUCGCCUUUUGGCUCGUUGGUUUGGGAAGUCGCUGCAGAGAAAGUCAAGCAGACCCUCCCUCCGGAAGUUCCUUUUGCGCAGCCUCCCGCGUCGUCCGGUCCAAACGAGGAUGCGGGAGCGUGGACAGUAGCGAACGACUAUCCCGAAGAUUACGUCCUUUUGUCGACGGAUCCGGAAGAUCUCGAGGCGACGCUGAGGCGAAUCGCGGAGGAGAACGAGGUGCUCAAGAGGAGGGUGGAGGAGGCGACGGCGGCGACGGCGGCGCAAGCGGUGCAAGUUGCAGGGGAGCGCAAGGCGGGAGUCGACGUGACCCGGCCGCGGGCGGGUGCUGUGGCUCCGUCUGCUCCGCCGCCAGACGUCGCAGCGGUGAUCGCCGCGUCGUCUGCGUCGCCUGCGACGGCUGGUGCUCCUGCUGUGGCGCCUCCUCCCCCGUCGCCGUCCCCUGCUGCUCCUGCUGAAGCGAAGACCACGUCAGCCGCCGCAUCUGCCGAGUCGCCGGGCGACGCAGCGUCGGCGUCGCAGCGGAACGCGGAGCUGGAGAGGGACAGGGAGAGCGCCAAGCACACGGCGGAUGGGAGCGAUGGGCCAAUUAAGAAGACUGAGAAUCCCAUAAGCAUUGUCUUCGUGGCAUCCGAGGUGGCACCCUACUCCAAGACAGGAGGCCUUGCUGACGUCACAGGCUCGCUCCCAUUGGCUCUGGCGGCACGUGGCCAUCGCGUGAUGGUGGUGGCGCCCCGGUACAUGAAUGGCGUCACGGACAAGCUUUAUGCUGGCGCGUUCGAUUGCCAGUGCCGCAUCAAGUGCUUUCUCUCUGAGGGCGAGCACGAGGUGGCCUUCUUCCACGAGUUCCGCGAUGGCGUUGACUUCGUGUUUGUGGACCAUCCGUCCUACCACCGCCCAGGCACGCCCUAUGGCGACUCCAGAGGGGCGUUUGGUGACAACCAGUUCCGGUUCGCGCUGCUGUGCCAUGCGGCGUGUGAGGCGCCUCUGCAGUUGCCGUUUGGAGGAUUCACAUACGGGGAGAAGGUGGUGUUUGUUGCCAACGACUGGCACGCCGGACUCGUGCCUGUCCUCGUGGCAGCCAAGUACCGCCGCUAUGGUGUCUACAAGGACGCGCGCACCAUCAUCGCCAUUCACAACCUGGCCCACCAGGGCGUGGAGGCCGCUUACACCUUUGGCAGCCUGGGCGUGCCAGGGGAGUGGUACGGGGCGCUGGAGUGGGUGUUCCCCGAGUGGGCGCGGAAGCACGCUCUUGACAAGGGCGAGGCAGUGAACAUCCUCAAGGGGGCGAUUGUGACCGCCGACCGCGUCCUCACUGUUAGCCAGGGCUAUGCCUGGGAGAUCACGACAGGCGAGGGCGGAUGGGGGCUGGACGGACUGCUGCGAGGAAGAAGCAUCGUGCUCAAUGGAGUGACGAACGGCAUUGACACGGUGGAGUGGAACCCUGCCACAGACAAGCACAUCCCCUCGCAGUUCACAGCAGAGGACCUGGAGGGCAAAGCAGAGUGCAAGGCGGCGCUUCAGAAGGAGCUGGGGCUGGCUGUGCGGCCAGAGGUGCCCCUGAUUGGCUUCAUCGGGCGUCUGGACUGGCAGAAGGGGCCGGACGUGAUUCAAGCAUCGCUGCCUGAGCUCAUGACAGACAACGUGCAGUUUGUGAUGCUGGGCAGUGGAGAGCCAGACUUGGAGGAAUGGAUGAAGUGGGCGGAGAGUGCUUACCCCGACAAGUUCCGUGGCUGGGUGGGCUUCUCCGUGCCCAUGGCUCACCGCAUCACUGCCGGCUGCGACAUCCUUCUCAUGCCGUCGCGCUUUGAGCCGUGCGGGCUGAACCAGCUGUAUGCAAUGCGGUACGGAACGGUGCCAGUGGUGCACGCGACGGGCGGGCUGAGGGACACUGUCGAGGACUUCAACCCGUUUGCCAACGGGGGAGCGGGAGCCGGCACGGGGUGGUCCUUUUCCCCACUCACCCAGGAAGCCAUGAUGGGGGCACUGUGGACGGCCAUUCAGACCUACCGUGAGCACGGGGAAUCGUGGCAAGGCCUUAUCCAGAGGGGCAUGACUCAGGACAUGUCCUGGAACCGGGCGGCACAGCAAUACGAGCAGAUCUUCGAAUCAUCCGUGACUAUAUCGAAGCCACACAGGCGAACGGCUGGACGGAAAAUCGCAGCAGCCGCGGCAGAAGCGGGAGACGCGGCGAUCGACGUGGAGGCCGAGAUUAAGAACGAGAAGGUGCUGGUUCUUGGUGGGAAUGGAUUCGUAGGGUCCGCUGUGGCAAAAGCAGCGGCUGACAGAGGCAUUGACGUUGUCAGCCUGAGCAGGUCUGGCCGACCCUCCAUUUCCAACGAGACGUGGGUUAACAGUGUCACAUGGGAGACUGGCGACGUGUUCUCUGCCAACUGGCCUGUGCUUCUAACGGAUGUGACAGUAGUGGUGUCCUGCAUCGGAGGAUUCGGCACGGACGAGCAGAUGGAGCGGAUCAACGGAGAUGCUACAGUGGUUGCUGUUGAUGCAGCUAAAGACUGUGGCGUGCGCAAGUUUGUAUUUGUGUCGGUGCAUGAUUAUAACCUGCCCGAUUUUGCCAAGCAGAAUGGAUACUUCAAUGGGAAGAAAAGAGCUGAGACUGCGGUUCUUGACGCGUUCCCCAACACAGGAGUUGUGCUGCGGCCAGGAUUUAUCUACGGGAAAAGGCGGGUAACCGGGGGUGUGGAGGUACCGCUUGAUCUGAUUGGCCAGCCAUUGGAGAAGCUGCUGUCAGCCACUAAGGAUAUCACAAAGCUGUUCUCCCCUCUUCCAGCCUCUGACCUGCUUUUAGCGCCUCCUGUAGAUGUUGCUGAUCUUGCAGCUGUAGCGGUGCGAGCCGUCGUCGAUGACUCGGUUUCAGGGGUGUACAAUAUAGAGGACAUCAAGAGGCUGGCAGGUGACUCUUUAAGUAAACUAUAG